AUGUCGGGACAGGUUUGUUCAAAUUGUGGUGGAAGUGACAUUGACAUCGAUCAAGCUCGUGGCGAUGCUGUUUGCAUGAGCUGUGGGUCGGUGCUCGAAGAUAACAUUAUUGUCUCCGAAGUUCAAUUUCAAGAAAAUAACCUUGGUGGAGCUAGUGCUAUCGGGCAAUUCGUCUCAGCUGAGGGUAAGAAAAAGCAAUUUUCAAAUCAAACCCGAACUCGUCGGUAAUUUAGAGACAAAAAUUGCUCGCCAUGAUUACACGUGGAUAUUUUCGCUAAAACCUAGUCAAAAAGACAUCAUUUUGUUUGUAUUCGCUCAGAGAGACAAGAAAGAAGUUGAAAUGAAAGAACAAAAACUUUGGUUUUUGAGUUAAAAGAUUCCUGUUCUUAUAUUGGGGAUUGCGGGAUUCGAACUCCAUAGAAGGAUAUUAUGAUGGCAGGUUCAGUAACAGGUUUCGUUCUCCAGUGUGCCACGUAGGUCACGUGAUCUUUCCACGGUACAAUUUAUUGGAUUUAUAAUCAAUCUAAGGUGCAAUUUUUUUAUCGCGGCCAUUAGAUUCACUUAGUUUGAAACCGGGAGCCUAUGCCAGUGUGGUUCAUCCUGUUUCCUACAUGCGUGGCUUCUAUGUAACUCGAUUUAUAUGUUUCAAAUUGUGAUCUUGUUGAUGUUUAUUGUCUCCUUCCCUUUUUGUUAGGAAACAAGGCUGGAGUUGGCUUAGGAUCCGCCUUUCGUCAUGGACUCGGCCAGGAGUCAAGAGCAGUGACGCUUGAAAAUGGUAACUAUUUUCAUCAAAACUGAAACUUUUAUUUCAUCAAGAAGUGGAGAGGCUAUGUUGUUGAGAAAGAUUGAAAUUGCUCUUUGCAGCAGAUGUAUUGAAACAUCAACUAGUGUGGGUGCCACAUUUAAGAAUUUUGUGUUUUUUUUUUCUUUGAUACUCGUACUUGUCUUCGUGAUAAUGAAUUACCUUUGCGAUUAGAAAUUGUAUAAUCAAAUAGUAACUCUGCUUACCACAAAUAUAGGUUUCAGCUUCUAAGUGAUAUGGAAAAGUCUAUUAAACAUUGAAAACUCCAAUUAGUGACCAAAACGGAAUUUCUCCUUAAGAUAUCAAAUGAGUACAAUAUCAAGCAAACAAGAGAUGGAAAUAAAGCAAAAUACCAUUAACCCUUUCACUCCCACAAGUGACCAAGACAGAAUUUCUCCUUACAAUGUCAAUACAAUAUCAAGUAAGCAGGAGAUGAGAAAAGAGAAGAAUACCAAUCAUGGGAUUAUUAGUUGAUCCAAUACCAAAUUCUCUGAACUAACAUCAUAAGAAUUGUAUGGCAGAUAGUAAGGAGAAUUACUAAUUAGAUCUUGGGAGUGAAAGGGUUAAAGAGAUCAUUCAUUGAUCCAAAUUCUCCUAUCUUGUCUCAUAAUACUGCAUCCCUGAAUUCCUGGAGAGGUUCAGAAAAACUUGUCGCAAAAGUUUUGGAAAUAAAAAUACCAUUAAGGAGAUAAUCUGUCUUACCUCAUGAUACUGCAUCCCUGGAUUCCUGGAGAGGUUCAGAAAAACUUGUCACAAAUUUUUGGUGCUAGGACUGUAAUGCAUUGUAAGUUGCUAAUUGAUUUUUAGGAAAAAGGAGAAUAAAUGCCGUUGGCCAUCAGCUGCAAAUGAAUCAACACUGUAUUGAUACAGCUUACAACUUCUACAAACUGGCAGUUAACAAGCGUCUGACAAGAGGCAGGAGAACAAACCAUGUUGUAGCAGCAUGCCUGUACCUUGUAUGCAGAACUGAGAAAACUCCUCGUAUCCAAAGUGCAUUUUGAUAAGCUAAUCAGUAUGAAAAUGAACACAUCUGAUUAAGUAACCUUUAACUCCCAGGUGUGAUUAACACAAGAAAUUGAAAACAUUUAUUUUAUCUAGGAUUCUUCCAUUCUUAAAAUUUGCAUUGAUAACUUUCCUUAACUGUCAACCAACAGACAUGCUUCUUGACUUCAGUGAUGUUUUACAGGUAGAAUAAAUUGAGUUCUCUCCUACCCUCAAGGCUUCUCUUGUAGUUCAUGUAAAUUUAACACACACUUAGGUUUUGUAUACAUUUUUGACUUGAAAACAGUUACCAGUAGGAUUAUACUAGCCUUAUUCUCAUUUACUAAAGGCAACCAUGAACUACACUUAAGGCAACCAUGAACUCACAGCUGUCACUUUGCAUCAUUUUGUGGGGGUACAAAGCAAUUUUUUGCAUUUAACAUAAGAUUUCCUGUAGUGCCUAUCCAUCAGAAAUGCUCAGAAUAGGGAUAAAAAAUGCAUUUCACUGACCAGUAUAUAAACACCCCAGGAUGUUCAUUGAUAUUGUGAAACAUGUCCUUUUAAUGCAACACCUCAGUCACAAAAUAGCUGUUUUUCUUUUUUUGGUAGUUUAAGUGGAUUAAACCUAAGUUUAAAAUUGUUUGAAAAGUAGUAAAUCAUGAAUUUGACAAAUGUUAAUUUUUGCUGAUUAUUACUGUUUUUCGAUAGAUUGAUGUUUUCACCCUGGGUAGAGCAUACCUAAAGCUGGCCCAAGAACUUUAUAUUAACUUGCCUGCAGUUGGUAAGUCACAUAUGAUUACAAAGUUUUUCAUUCAGGAAACCUUCACUAAGGAAAAAAAAAAAUGAUUUUAUAAUCUUUACAGUUCAUCAUGGAUAGGAGAGAGAAGGAGUCUGUAAUCUAAAUUAUAUUGAUAAUUUGGAAUCGGGAACCAGCGUAGGUCAUCAAUAACUUACUACUUCCAAGUACCAGAUGUUGAUGACAGCAAACACAAUUGCAUGUAAAAAGAAUGAGCAAAAUCGUUAAAAGAUAAUUCCAUAGACUUGUUCGCAACAGCUAACUAGUAUUCAGACUUGCAUAUUAGUGGAGACUUUAGGCAAUUUUUUAAUACACAAGAUGUCAUGAGACAAGUUUUGGCAAGACUUUAUUGCUGUUUGUAACAAUUGAUAACUGAUUGCAACAACCCUUUGGCUAACAGCUAUCAAUGUGUUCCAUUUUUCUGGCAGAUCCUUGCCUUUACAUUCAUCGUUUUGCACACAAGUUAGAAUUUGGUGACAAGGAGCAUGAUGUUGCUAUGACAGCAUUGAGAUUGGUAUCAAGAAUGAAGAGAGACUGGAUUCAUCAUGGGCGUCGGCCUUCUGGUCUCUGUGGAGCUGGUGAGUAGUAUUCAUUUGUAGUUAAAUAAAUAUAAUGCCUAGAAAAAGGAUAAAACUGAAGGCAGCUCUCCAGCUUGCUGUGACCCACUAUCAGUCAAUUCUUAUCAUGGCAUGGAGUCUGUGGCAUGAAGUGUGUUUUAUCCCCUCCUCUGUCUCCUUAAUUUUCCUGCUUGACCAUUGUACCUUCUGAUGAACACUUCAUCAAGCUUCUCUGACAGUUCCUAGGUACCCAUUUAUACCCCUGAGAGGAGAGAGGCUUGUGAGUUAGCCACUUUGUGUAGAACAUUUCUAAAAUGUCAUGCUCAGGGCUUGAAUGCAGAGAUAUUACCAAUCAUCAAUGCAUCUCUUACAAAAUUUUUUUUUGAAAUUUACCAUCAAAUAUUUUAUCACUGAAAAUUCUUUUAUAAGUGACACAGGAAUGUAAUACCAUUGUGGGCUACUUAUUGGUGAAAAGCCUCUUGGUUGGCUCAGGAAUAAGUUUUGAUUUGUGCACAAUUUCAUCAACCGGGAAGUGUUUUGAACAACUCUUCCCUCUUAUCUCAACAGCUCUUUUAGUGGCAGCAAGAUUGCAUGGUUUUAACCGAACAGUGCGUGAAGUGGUCAAAACUGUUCGUAUAAGUGACACUACUAUAAGAAAGAGGUUGGGGGACUUUCGUGACACGCCUUCCAGUCAGCUGACCAUUGACGAGUUCCAAACAAUUGACCUUGAGGAGGAACAGGACCCACCCUGCUUCACACAAGCAAGGAGAAGAGCAAAACAACAACUUGAGGAGUUGAACAAACCCGAAAUUACUUCAGAGUUGGAAUCCUUUCAGAAGUCUAUUGAAAAAAUUUUGGGAAUAGAUUCAACAAGGGAAAACGUACACCCAGAUGAUUUGGAUAAGAUCUCUGAAAGAGAAGACAUUUCAAAGGAUUCUAGUGAUGGUUCUUUCUUAGUUAUUCCUUCCUACAGCACACCUGAUUUUGUAUCAAACAGUGAUAUCAACAAAGGUACUUCAGAGUUUUUAACAUUUUACUCUCUAAUAUUAACGUGUAUAUUCUCCAUACUGUUCCAUACAUUUCCUUAGGCACUGACAAGGAAAAUUUAGUUAAAAAUCAAUAGUGUUUCAAGUUUGUGAUCAUUGCUUAAUUCUCAUGAGCCUUAGUGCUUGACUUUCUAGUGAUAUCUUAAUGAGAAAUUUGAUGCUUGUCUCUUCAGGGGUUUAAGAGUUAACUGGCAGUUCCAGUGCUAUUAUCAAUUUCCUCUUAAUCCCAAAUGAAAAAAUAAAUUGCUGAACUUUUAUUUUAUCAUUUUAUUUUUUUAAUCUAGAUAAUGAAAAAGGUGAAGUGUGUGAGGAGCUGGAUCUAACUGGCUUAGAUGAAGCUGAACUUGACAGGGUAAUUGUUCCUCUCCAAUUUCUAGUUUUAACCCUUUAAAUCCCAAGAUGUCAUUUAGAUUCUCCUUUCAAGCUGCUACACAAUUUCUUGUCAAUACGUUAUGAGAAUUUGGUGUUAGUCAAGAUAACAACUUCAACCUGAUAAGUUUGAGUAUUCUCAUUGCCUGUUUACGGAAUAUUACAUUUUUUUUAUGGAUAUUUUAGGGAGAAGUUACAUAUUAAUCACUUCUGGGAGUUAAAGGGUUAUUGCAAGACUAACACUUAUUAUUUAGGCAUUUUUACUUGAUAUAAAGCUACACAGACUUGUCAGACAGAUGCUAGCUUGUAAAUAUGUUGGGGGCUGUCCUGGUGUACCGGUCCACGAGGGAAUUUCUUUUGUUUUCAUAACCAUACAUGGAGUUAUGACGCAGUUCGUUAAUGUUUCCUUCCUUUGUGUACCGGUACACGAGGACACAACCAUAUGUUGAGCACUAUUGUUCAUUUACAGUGUAUACUUAGGCCCUCCAAGUAAAGCAGUUGUAACUUCAGAAGUUAGCUUCCAAUAUGGUGAUCUGUCUUCAGUUUUUAAAAUCUUUGAAAGUUUUUUCUGUGUUAUCUGAUUUAUUACCAUUACCGCAAAAAAUGAAAGGAAUGAAAAUAAAAACUGCAUACCUCUGACAACAAUGGUAGGACUUACUGACCCUUCCCUUCAAACCUAAGAGGUAUCCAUCUCCUCCUCAAGCAAAACCCUUUUUUUUUUCCUUGUUUUUUUUGGAAGGAAAUUUUGUCAGUUCUGCUCAGUUUUUAUUUCUAUUUUUUGCAGUGUCUUUUAAAUGAAAGUGAGAUUGAGAUAAAAACAAAACUUUGGAUGGAAGAAAACAAGGAAUAUCUACAAAAACAAAAAGGUGAAAAUAAUGUCUGCAAUUAUUGUUACCUCUAUGUUCGAAUUCUUUACCCAAUUCAGAUAAUUUUGUAAUUUUGUGCUGUUACACUUGAGAUAAUUUGAAAAUUUUCUUAAGUUUGUUUCUUUAAAUGCCAUUUCCUGGAGAAUCAAAUGGUAAACUCAUCUUAGGUUCUUAUUUAAUUUUUUAGAAAAGGAGGAAAAGGAGGCGCGGGAAAGAGAAGAAGGAAAUAAACAAGAACCGAAAAAGGUUGUAUGUUGUUCGUUUUUCGUUUUAAGAGGGUGGCACUCUUAGUUAGUGGUCUCCAUCAUUAGAUUAGUAUUAUUAUUGCUAUGGUAAUUAUUUACUUUCGUUGCUAUAGAGUGCGCGCUAGUAGAGAUUAAUCAGAACAAUCUCACUCUUUAUUUCUACCAAAAAAUCGUGAACUUAGGCAGCAGUUUCAGUAACUUUUUUUCAUAAGAGGCUGCCAAUGGUAAAAUAGACGGCUGUGCCCGGAAAAGAGGCCGUAAUACAAAACUCAAUGAAGAGAGGUUAAUCAGGCUAAACAGACAGCGGUAAGAGGGAGCAGCGAUAACCGCCGGUUACCCCUUUAUUAAAAGCUUGGCCAAGAGUCGGCUACUUGCCGUAUAGAAAUCUCUAGUAAAUUCAUCUUUUUGGGUUGUCACAGAGAAAAAAGCAAUAUAAGAAAAGAGUACCGACUGGUCCAGCCAGCACUGCAGGAGAAGCCAUUGAGAAGAUGCUGGUUGAAAAAAGAAUCUCCAGCAAAAUAAACUACGAAGUGCUCAGGGAUCUGGAGACUAGCCAAUUAAGCAUGCCCAGUACCCCGGUGACGUCAACUCCUAAACCGGUUUUACAGCUUAAACAGGAAUUUUUGACGCCGCGUGUACCCACUAGAAAAGGAGGAAGAAAGAGGUCAGUACUGAUAUUGCCCUUGAUUUACUAAGGAAGGUGGAUAAUUAGAUAAUAUUUUUCUUUCCUUAAAAAACAAUGAAACAUAACGACAACGACAAAAAACAAAGUAACAGGUGCCCAUCUGACAGCUUUCGCACGCUUCCACUUAAAAAAAAAAAAAAAAGAAAAUGUGAUUUGCAGAUAUCAAUUUGCCAGCGUUCAACUGAUUUUUCUUGUAUUGUUUGAAUGUUUUUUCAAAAUCAUGAUAAUUUUUAAAUUUUAGAGAUUCUUCCACUCCAAUUGUCUCGCCCCUGGACACCUUCAAGAAACCAAAGGUGGGUGUACAGUCUAUAUCUCAUCGCGUUACAUUAACCAUCUCAAAAAAAAACUCUGCUAAACCUCACCUGACUGAACCCUGCGUCAUGGCAUUUUGAUUCGUUUUAUGCAAGGUACAGAAGUACUUUUAACUUAAUGAGAAUUACCGCAAUUAUUAUCAGGAGAACAUAUUGAAAUACCAAUUGAGUAGAUGACUACAGACCAAGAAGGACAAACCAUAAUGAAGAUGUCCACGGAUCGCAAACGACAAACUCGGAAAUUCUGGGGAAAAUUUCCAAGAUAGACAAUCCUGUAGAAGAGGCGUGUUUUCUUUUGCACCCCUUCCCUCCCCUUGCUCGUGCUUUUUUUUUUUUUUUUUUUUUUGGCAUGAAAAAACGCCUGUCUAUUAGUGUAGGCUAAAAUAGAAAAACUGAAAACGCAGAGUUAUACUCCUGUGGUGACAUGAAGACUGGUGCGAUUACGGCACAAUUAUUGUAAGAACGAUUUAUAAUGUUAAUAAUGUUACAUGAAGUGUGUAUGCUUCUUUUUUUAUUUAUUUAUUUUUUUAUAAUGAAAUGGUGGGGUCACUGUGGAAAAGCCGAGUUGUGGCUUUUUUGUGCGUAUUCCAUCAUCGGUCAAUGUUACCGAGAACCACUGUAGUUUCCUUUAUGAAUUUUUGAAUCUACUUUCACCAGCUUGUUCAGCCUCAAGAAUUGGCAAAGAUGGAAGAAGAUAAAAAAGAUGUCGUUGUUGAAAGCGGGCCAGUGGAGUAUGAAAAAACCGACGAGACCAACCCUGUGGGGGAGGAGGAGGAGGAGUUUGAUGAACUGGAAGAGGAGGACGAGGAACCAGUGAGCGCAGUACAGUUAAUGGGACACUUAUAUGAUGCCAGUAAGUUAUUUUCGCCUGUUAGAAUUACUGAGUUUAACUUGUUUUAAAUUUGGCGAAAAACUUCCCCAUAACCCCGUUGAAAAAGGUAAUUUUACUAGCGAUUUGUCUUUCCUAAGCUUUUCUUAUGUCUUAGUAAGAGAGUUGCCGGCGGAAAACUAGACCUAUUUUUUUUCUUUUUUGUACACUUUUGAGGGCGAUUUUAAAAAAACAAACAAACAAACAAAAAACUUAAUUUAGCCUCAUUGGGUGGUGCACGAUAGACUUCUUCGCGAGACUUUUUUCACAAUACUUUUGCAAGACUACCUCCAUUUUAAUUUUUAGUAAGGAAGAAGAGCAGGGUCUCUUGAAGACCAAUAUUGAUGAGACUUAAUACAGAGUAAAGACCAGAUUCUCAAUUUGAAGUUUGACGCGCUAGCUAUUGAGAAACUGGUCGACCGGUUAAUUCUGUUCAGCUCGUGGUGAGCAUGAGAAAAACAUUUGCUGGUUAUUUAAACGAAGGGAAGCUAUUUUCUCGCAAAACCUCGUUCUAAACUGUCUUCAACAUAUCUAUACAUUGAAUUUUUGAAGAAUGGUAGGAGGGCUCUUACUUCAAACCACCCACUCAAAUAGAUGAAUUUCGUGAUCAAACCUUUGUCUAAAACCGCAGCGUUCUCGUGCGACCAGUAAUCGCUGAAAAAGGGAAAAACAGUCAUCUUCAGAAUUCAUACUAAAAAUAACUGCGAUUUCUUCUUUUUAUUUAUUUAUUUUGUUUAUUUAUUUUGUUUAUUUAUUUCAUAUUCUUUCAUGUUUUUGCAGAUGUCGACGAAGACUACGGAGACUUUGAAGAUUAUGAAUAGUGGUUUCGUCAAUUGCUGCCUCAGUACUGGAUCUCAAAGCCUUCAAUCGAGAAACAUCAAUGGAAGGAAUUACCUCUUGGUCUAUCUUCCUGACUACAAACUUUGACCGUUUGAAACCAACCAAAAGAUUUGUAGUCUGCAUUUCUGAUAUGAUUACGUCAGAUUACCAAGACGACAUGCAUCCUCGUUUCCAGAGAGGACCCUGGGGACGAGGUUGGACGACCUGCUGUUGUAAAAGAGCAGACGCGAGCAGUUUGCGAAAGCAGGGCGUAUUGAGAGUGACGUCAGUGAAUAAUAGUUCAUCUGCAAAGUGCGCAUUUUCGAUAUGUUUAGGUGUGAAGAGCUGGGGCGAGCACAUUAGGGCUUGCCAUUGCUUGCUGGUGGAUUGUGCAUAAUUAAUCCGAUUAAGUAAGCGGCGGAGAGCAAGAAAUUCGAACAAAUGUAAUUUGGAAGAUGGUACAAAAAGCAAAUGGUGUAACGAAAUUAUUUCAGCAAACAUAAGCAAACAGCUCAAAGAAAUAUAUUUAAUUUUUUUCAAUACCUUAGUUUUUGUGGUUAUUGUAAUAGAUUUGUGCUCAUGUCGCACUCCGCCUAUUGCUAAACAAACGUGCAGUGUUUUUUGAAUCGACGCCUAAAGCAAGCGGCGCGUCAGUCGAAAUGAUGAGACCUGUCUCAUUUGAAACACCGUCUUUUUCAUUAAGAAGUUUUCAAUAUGUUGUCAGGUUUAUUGUAAACCUGAGUGAGAAAAUUUCUCAUAAGUGCUUCCGUAGCUGUGUCGGACAAAGUAAAUGACAGAACAUAAUUAUCUGAACCUAACUUAAUAGUGAUUCUGCUAAAAGCAAAAGAUAAUUUAAUUAAAAAUAGGACUAACAUUGACGUGCCCAUUAAAAGUGUGGCCCCAGUGUUUUACAGGUAACACGAAUUUGCUUUCGAUAGAAGGUUGGUUAUAUUUAACCAUUUGUUUCAAGACCGUGAAAACUACCCUAUAAUUGUAAACAAUAAUAUUAUAAAGCCGCCACCUUGUAAUUAUUUAUUUAUUGGAAUCGCUCACGUAGAUAGGUUUCAUUUAGUUUUUAAAGAAAUCGUGUUAUUGAAACCAUUUACUCGUUUACAUAUUCAGAGAGGACUUUGAUCCUUGCAGAAAGAGUAGUAGGUCUAUGUGUAGAUGAAGUUAGAGCGAUGAGUUUAUGACAAUCUAUAAAAUUGACUAUAUAUUUGUUAUUCCUGAUUGCCGCUUCCUGUACAAGAACAGGUGCAAAACAAAAUUUGUGACAUUUUUGACAGAAACAGAAGCACUUCUCACUUCCCACCUUGGAAUGCAAAUCAUCCUCAGCUUUGGGCGGAGUAGGGAU